AUGAACUAUGCAUCAUGGAUCGAAGAGAAGAAACUCAAGAAAACCUUCAUCGUGGCCACAUUGGCGUCUACUCUCGUCGGCACAUUCACGGCGUCUAUGGGGCUAUGGGAACGCGUCGCAGAUAGGCGCGAACAGCACCGACAGAAACAACGCGACUCAAAGCAAGAUGGCGAGAUCAAGGAGCUGAAGCAGCAGUUCGAAGAUGCACAGAAGAAAGCCGAGGGCAGACAACAGGAGAUUGAUCGGCUGAAGAACGGUGGGGGAGGCGGGCAGUGGGGAGGGCGCGACGAUGUAGGAAACAACUUUCAGAGAGACGGCAUGAUGAUUCAGAGGAUGUAUGACCAAGGCUAUGGUAGAAUGGGCAGCCGGUUUGCGCAAGGCGAUGCCAUCGUCGAGAACCAACUGCAAGCGCAGAUCAUACAGCUUCAACAAACUGUCAUUAACGUCUUGCAAGACGCCCUCUACAACGACCGCCAGUUGACUCGCGCCGACAUGGCCAAGCUCAUCGCCGCCUCGAACCAAGCCCGAGAAGGCUCCAUGGUAGCCCUACAAGAAGCACAACAGCGUCUGGGAGGCUCACAAGCAGGCGGCGGCGAAUUCCGUCCCGCAUCGCCUGCGCGCUCCUUGGUCCCUUCGCAACGCGCACCUAGUGCGAUAAUGGAUGUCGGGGAGCAACUCUUCUGCCGCUACGCUCUCGACUUACAGCAUAUGCCCGGCAAGCCCCUAGCAUCUACAUUUGCACCUGGAGGUAGCUGCGCAUGCCCCGCGUGCGGCGUUGUUCUUGAUGUCACCAGCGAAGACUUCUGGAUGAUCGGGAAGCGAACACCCAUUACCAUGUACGACAAGACGACCGGAUACGAAACUGAUAUCAUGGAGACACGCGAAUUCCGUCUUGCCCAGCGCUUCGUUCUCAAAUGCCAUACCCCGGAUGGCGAGUACGCGUGCACAAUCUGUAGUAGGGGCAGAGACGUAGAUGCGAUCUGCCGAACGGUAGACAGCUUAGUGAAGCAUGUAGGGACAUACCAUGAUGUGGGCGAGCUAGAGGGAGAAAUUGACCUACGAGAGGCCAAGGUCGAGACAACGAGAAUGAGCCUUCCUGCUGCGCCACGAGCACCGAGUCCACCAAGAAGCGUGCUGAGAGAAGAGGUGAUCUAUCGAUGA